AUGAAGUUUGUGCUACUUCUGGUGCUGACUGCCUCCACUCUUGCCAUCUCACCUGUUCGACGCUUUGACAGGGAGAAGGUGUUGAGGGUGAGACCCCAGGAUGAAAAACAAGUGAGCAUCCUAAAGAACUUGGCUGACACUAAUCUGCUUGACUUCUGGCAUCCUAGUUCUGCUCAUGAUAUCAUACCCAAAAUGGACGUGGACUUCCACAUUGGGAAAGAUCAGUUCCAACAAAUCCAGUCUACUCUGGAGAAAAAUGAAAUGCAACAUGAAGUCCUGAUUUAUGAUCUGCAAGAAGAGAUUGAAAAACAGUUCGAUGUGAAAGAUGAUUUUCCUGGCAGACACAGCUAUUCAAAAUAUAACAACUGGAGCAAGAUUGCUGCUUGGACUCAACAAAUGACAGAAAAGAAACCAGAGCUGAUCACUCGUGUUGAAAUUGGGCAAACUGGAGAAAAUAAUCCUAUGUAUGUUCUCAAGGUUGGAAAAAAGAGUGGACAGAGAAGGGUCAUUUUCAUGGACUGCGGAGUGCACGCACGAGAAUGGAUUUCUCCUGCCUUCUGCCAGUGGUUUGUCUAUCAGGCAGCCAAUACCUAUGGGAAAAACAAAUUUAUGACCAAGCUCCUGAAUGAGAUGAAUUUUUAUGUCCUUCCUGUAUUCAACAUUGAUGGCUACAUCUGGAGUUGGACAAAGAACCGAAUGUGGAGGAAAAACAGAGCAAAGACUUCUGACUCCAACUGCACAGGCAUCGACCUCAAUAGGAAUUUUAAUGCCUCAUGGGAUGCUAAGUUUGGGAUAGACAACCCUUGCAGUGAAAUCUACAGGGGAACAGCGCCAGAAUCUGAGAAAGAGACUAAAGCUGUGGCUGACUUCAUCCGAAGACACGUUGCUUCAAUCGAAGCCUAUGUGUCGAUCCAUGCCUACUCCCAGAUGCUCAUGUUUCCCUAUGGCUACACAAAGGUCCCGGUAAAGAAUAAUGAGGAACUGUGUAAAAUUUCCAAAAUUGCCACAGAAGCUUUAGCGACUCUAUACGACACACAAUAUAUCUACGGACCCAUUGCAAAAACAAUUUACCUAACCUCAGGCUCGUCUGUCGACUGGGCUUAUGACUUUGGCAUCAAACGUUCAUUUGCUUUUGAGCUACGAGAUAGAGGCAAAUACGGGUUUCUCCUCCCAGAAUCUCAGAUAAAGGCAACUUGUCGAGAGACCAUGUUGGCCAUCAAAUCUAUUGCCAAGUAUGUCCUCAAGAAUCCUUUGUAAACUUUUUUUCCCUUUUCUAUAAUAAGCCAAUUCCCUUUUCAUUGUAAUGGAUAUGUGUAACUUCCAUAAUACUCUCUGUUAGCCCUUGAUGGAUUAACCUCAUUGCUUGGAAAAUUUUUCCUGAGGUCUUAAUAACUCUAUUCAACAUAUUCCUUUCCUUGUUCUCUCACUAACUCUGCUUUUGUUUGCCAUAGUAUAUACAACCUAACAAUGGGAGUUGAAUCAAAAAAAAAAUAAGCCCUUUGAUCUCUUUCUCUGCUAAGAAAAUUAAAGGGCUGUCCCUUAAGCAUUCAGCAGAGUUGAUUGCUUAGAUAUUUUUUUCUAUAUUAUGGCUUUAUCCUAGUUGAUGAGGGGCUGCUAUCUCUUCCCUGUUUGGAAUGGGUUCCGGGAAAAAAAAAUUAGAUUCAGAGGUUGUUUGAGUUUUCCAUGACUUUAGAGGUCACUUAGUGUAGUCUCUUCAUCUUACUGAUAAGGAAAUGGAAGCCCAGAAAAGUGAAGCCAAUUGUCAAGUCAUGAAGCAUUAUAUAAGUGAUAAAGCUCACAUUCUGUCUCGGGUCUCCUAAUGCCUAGUCCAAAAUGUGCUUUUCCACUCUGCCUGAAUCAUGUUUUCCCAUAAUAAUUGCAAAUUCCCAAAACUGCAGGUACGUUCCUAUAUCCCACUUCUCCCUCCCACCAAAAUAUAUAUGUGCUAAAACUUUAAGAUACAUCCACUAUUUAAGAUUCUUAUUAAAUUGUACUUUCAUUCAUAACUAAGAAUUGACAACAUAUUUGUAUCCUUCUGUUCCGAAUUACAUGAAAUAUUCACAAGUUUCAUUUCUUAAUGUAUAUUUGUUGAAUUAACCAAAGUAAAUAUGGCUUAUAUCUUCAUAUAGCAACAAAAGUAUGC